UGUGUGUGUGUGUGUGUGUGUGUGUGUGUGUGUGUGUGUGUGUGUGUGUGUGUGUGUGUGUGUGUGUGUGUGUGUGUGUGUGCGUGCGUGCAGAGAGGGGUGUCCGGGGUGUGCUCCAUAACUAGAAAAGCCGGAGAGCAUAACGCCACCGCGUCACUUUGAGGGCGGACAUCGGCCUGUCCUCAUCAUCUUCCUCCUCCUCUUCGACUUCUUCUUCUUCUUCCUCCUCCUCCUCCUCUUCCUCCCGUCCCUUGCAUGCGCGCGCUCUGUCGCAUUCCGGUCUCCAUCAGUCUUCAUGGUUCUGAUCUCACCCCGCGCCAUGCAAGCCACCCGGGCGUCCACCACCGUCAGUGUGUUUGCGGACUGCGGCGUCCCGGCCGGGCUCCGGAUGGGACCGGUACCGGGCGUCUUCAAGCUGGGGAAGUACCUGUCGGACCGCAGGGACGUCGGAGCGAAAAAAAAAAUCCGUUUGCUGCGCGGAGAGUUCGUGGACGAGUCGGGCUGUCCUGUGCCCGAUUGGAUCGGAUUCAUCCGCGCCGCCAGGAACAGCCAAGAGCAAAACCUGGAGGCAGUGUCGGACUUACCUGGCGGACAGAUUUUCUACCGAGUCCUGAGAGAAAUCCCAGCGGGAGAGGAGCUGAGUGUGUGGUACUCCAACCCUCUCGCCCAGUGGUACGACAUCCCCACCACGGCCACUCCCACGCACGACGAAAAAGGUGAGGAGCGUUACAUCUGCUGGUACUGCUGGAGAAUAUUCAAAUAUCCCAACACCCUCAAGGCCCACGUCCACUUCCACUGCGCUCUGAGCAACGGGCGGGGCUUCGUGAGCGGCGAGCAGGCCAGAGGUACCGAGUCCUUCAGCAGGUCGCCCAAGUCCGGAGACAUUCCCAACACCUCCGGCCACGGCAACUCCUCUGACUCGAACCGGCGGGCGGUGUCCUCCUCGCCCUUCCCGAACAACAAAAGCGGACUGUCGAAGAAAAGCAGCGCCGAGGGGCAGGACCGGGCCCUCGACAUGAGCGUUGCGUCAGCCAGGAACCAGGGACACCUCCUCGGACUGGGAGCAGCGUCUUCAGUGCUGGGCAGCAUGGGUUUCCAUCCGGGCGUGCGCUCCGCUUUCAAGCCUACGGGCGUCUCUAAAGUCCCGGGCGGGGAGGCGUCCAGAGAAGAGGCCGGCGGCAAACUGAGCGGCCUCGGAUUCAGUAAGCUCGUCGGGAACAUGAAGCCAAUCCGUAACCUGGGCGAGGCCCUUAACGGGGCCGGGAACCACCCUCCAAAGUGCGCGCCCGCCAUCGUGGACUCCACGUCUCCGAUGGUCCCGUGCGGGAAUCCCAUCCGGGGGUUCCCACUGCUGCAGCACGUGGAGGAAACGUCGGCUUUCAAGCACGUCGAGAGUCGCAUACACACCGGGUUGUCCCCGUCCCGGUACCCCCAGAUUCCCCCCGGCCUGCACUUUGAAAGGUUCUCACUUCCUCACUUCGACGGCGUGAAGACGUACGGCGGAGACUGUAACAUCCCGCUGAUGCCCUUCACCGUCUACAACGGGGAGCUCCUGUACAGCUCCCCCUAUUACCCGCUCAAAUUCCACUUCAGCAACCUCCUCAAGUACCCGGACUCUGUGCCCUACUUUGGCGGCCCCCCGCUGAGCCAGGACCUGGGCUCCAUCACGAACAUUGACCGGGAGAUCGCCAUGCACACGCAGCAGCUGUCGGAGAUCGGCUCGGAUAAGAGUCGGGCUCGGCUGGACUCGGUGCCCGCCGGGAGCACCGGCUCCACCGGCUCCGGCAAACCCAAGAAGGGCCACCUGUGUCUCUACUGCGGGAAGCUGUACUCCCGGAAGUACGGCCUGAAGAUCCACAUGAGGACUCACACGGGCUACAAGCCUCUCAAAUGCAAGGUGUGCUUCAGGCCCUUUGGAGACCCGAGCAACCUGAACAAGCACAUCCGGCUGCACGCGGAGGGCAACACGCCCUACAGGUGCGACUUUUGCGGGAAGGUGCUCGUGCGGAGGCGGGACCUGGAGCGGCACGUGAAGUCCAGGCACCCGGGACAGACUCUGAAGAAGCUGGACGACAAACCGGGCGGCCCGUUCGACGACGCCGACCGCAAAAGCGACAACGACAGCGACGUGGACGUGUGCUUCACCGACGACCAGAGCGACCAGGAAUCCAGCAAAAACAAUGACUUGGUUUUGUCAGAGACGAUUUAAGGGGACCCUCCCCCCCCUCCACCCUUUGGUGUUGCAUGAAGUAAUAUCUGCAAAAGAAAUGUCACUUAUUGAUCGUUAUUUUCCGUUACGUGUGGGGAAAAAAUAUAUUCGAAUAAAAGAUCCAAGUUUUUUUUUUCUUAAUUAAAAAAAAUGCAUUUAUCACUCUCGGUUGUUUCUGAAAUCCAUCCAGGCUUCUCACAGCAAAAAAAGGUAUCAAAUUAUAAUAAUAAAAAAGCAGCUGCUUAAUCUCUUAAAAAUAAAAAUCGAAACACAAACAUUGUUUUCGUGCAGACAGACGCUGAAUCCACCUGCGCGCAAAAACAAACGGCAAUCAGCAACAGAUGUUUCGUUUUUUUUAUUUAUUUAUUUUAAUUUUAUUUCAAGCCACAAAAACAAAACAGGGAAAAAAACCUGCCAAGGUUGACUAAGACAUAUUUGAAAAAUUUGCUCUUUUUUUUUCUUGCUGAGGAAAAAGUCAUCUGGAUAAAGCCCACAGUGACGUGUUCAUAAAAUCGACUUUUUAAAAAUCUGUUCUAUCGUGAAUCUUAUUCGAAUUUUUUUUUCCAUUUUGCACUUUAAAAACAAACCAUCUCCACUGCUAAGCUGCAUAAAAAAAUAAAAAAUAAAUUUCCCAACCCCAUCUUUUUCCGAACAUCAAUUUGCACUUUUUCUUUAUGUUUUUUUUUUUUUUUUUUUUUUUUUUUUACCCGUUUCGUUUUCGACCCGUUCCUUCUGACGGAAGCAAAGUGCAGCUUCCGGUUUACUUAAGGAUUUAUUGCCAGAGAAAGAGAAAAGAAACGAGCUAUUGUUUGCAGCCAUGCAAAAAUAUAAAGAAACUGUAAAUGAAGAAGAAGAUGAUAUUUCGCAUUCCACUGCAGAAGUUGUGUAUGUGUGUUUAUACGUGCUGUUUGUCUGAGAGGACAGUAAUAUACUCCUAAUUAUUAAAUUGAUGUCCUUCCCCUCCUCUCCUGUUGGAAUAAAUUAAACUUGAAGAAUUAAAAAAAUGUGUAUGAAGUGUU